GACGGCGGCUACGUGCCCCCGGAGGCCCCGAAAGUGGACCUGGAGGCGGCGCUGGCGGCGCCAGACGGCUCGCGCGGGCCAGAGGUGUCGAGGGAUCAGUUCGGCGAGCUGAUCUCGAGGCUGGAGGCGGACCCAGGCUACCUGGAGGAGGCGCUGCAGGGUCUACUGCUAGAUCCGAAUCCAGACGAUGAACUACCUUCUUGGGGAGAUUUCGCCAGGGAUGUCGGCAGCGAGGACUUCGCUGACUCGUGCCAGAUCUGCUUCCUGCAGGGGUUGGAGGACCCCCGCGAAGACGAGAGCAACGACGCUGUCAGCCCCGCCGGCCUGUUCCCAGCCGUUCGGGAGCUGUUGCAGUCCAAGGAGCUCGUGGUGACGCGCCCGCAGUACUCAGCCCUGUUUGGUUUCUUCGACCGCGACGGGGUUGGAUCGGUCUCGCAGACCACCUUCCCCGACUUCGUCCGCUAUGUGGCGGUCAUGGCCUACCUCGGCGCUUGCCAGGCGAGCGGGAGCGGCAGGCCCGUGGACGAUGCGGACGCCGAGGAUGCGGAGGAGCAGCCCUGCGAGGAGGAGGUCCAGAGGCGCCUCGACGAGACCCGCGCGGAGCUGGAAGCGCUGGGGGCCUCGGCGCUGGAGCCGGACGCGACCGGCGCCGGAGGCAUCGAUGAGGAACGCCUGAAGGUGCAGAUGGACGAGCCGCCGCUCCCGGCGGCCGAGGAGCUGGAGGAGCUCCGCGCCAGGGCGCGAGCCGAGGAGGACGCGCUCGCGGCCGCGCAGCGGCCGAGCGGGCGAGGCGAGGUCAAGCACUACGAACAGGACCAGGCAGGCGCCCCGGGACCGCAGCGCAAGAAGGGCUGCCUUCCGUCGUGCGGCAGGAAGCAGUGA